UGUGGUGAGCGAAGCAGACGUGUUUUCCGAGUAUUUGUAUAUUAUUUACCAAAUUAAUCGCCAUUUAAUUAUCAUGUAUUGGCCAAUUCUGCUGCUUAUUUUUGCCGUGGCAUCGACGCAGCCAACGUAUGAUUAUUUCCGCCUACCUCGCGCUGUGGAGCCGCAACACUAUGAUCUGCGCAUACUCACACAUCUGGAUGAUCCUGAAAAACUGCGAUUUGAAGGAUCAGUCAAGAUCAAACUGAACGUCUUGGAGGAUACCAAAAACAUAACGUUGCAUGCCAAAAACUUGACGAUCGAUGGAACGAAUAUUAUGCUAAGAGAGUUGGCUGCAAGUAACUCAACAAAAUGCAUCGACCAUAUCGAGUUGAAUACCAAAUACGAGUAUUAUAUAAUACAGCUAUGCACAGAGCUGAGAGCGGGCCUUCAACAUGAGCUUACUAUUCCAUUUGAGGGUGUUUUGAAUGGAAAUCGAACGGGCUAUUAUAAGAGCUCCUACAAGGAUGUCCAAUUAAACAAAACGCACUGGUUCUCAAUGACACAAUUCUCUCCGACCUUUGCACGCCUAGCGUUUCCCUGUUUCGAUGAACCGGAUCGCAAGGCCACAUUUCGAAUAACACUCGGCUACCACAAGCAGUACAGGGGAUUCACCAAUACGCCUCUACACAAAUGUGAGCCACACGCAUCUCUUGAGAACUACGUCUGGUGCGAGCAUGAGAAAUUGCUAAGAACUUCCACAUAUUUGGUGGCAUAUGCUGUACACAAUCUUACGAACGCAUCCACUAUCAUAAGCGAUGCACGUAAUAGAGUUGAAUUCCGUAGCUGGAUUCGUCCGGAUGCUGUAAAUCAAACCAAGUAUUUCUCACAAUUUGCACCCAAAGUGUUCGCGUACAUCGAAGAGUUGUGCAAUCUAAGCUUUCCUUUGAACAAAAUUGAUCAGCUGAUUACACAGGAUCACAAAUUUUCGGCGAUGGAGAACUGGGGAUUAGUUACGUUUCAAGAUAAAGCAUUUCUCUACGAUGAAAGGAACACUUCGACAGCAGCAAUGGAGAGUACAGCAAAGACUAUAGCACAUGAGUAUGCACAUCAGUGGUUCGGAAAUUUGGUCACCAUGAAAUGGUGGGACAAUCUUUGGCUGAAGGAAGGAUUCUCCACAUAUUUUGCAUACUUGGGCAUCGAUCACGAGCAGCCAGAUUGGAACUUUUCCCUCCGCCAAAUACGCCAAACCCUAGGACAGUUUUUCCACAAUGACGCAUUUGAAGAAACCACUGCAAUCUCUCGAGCAGUGGAGGGGCCGAUUGAGAUACUCGAGAAUUUUUCCACAUAUGUGUAUGAGAAGGGCGCACUAAUGGUGCGCAUGCUGCACAAAAUAUUGGGCGAUGAUUCGUUCUUUGCUGGUAUACACAGCUAUUUGCAGCGCCACGCCUACUCAAAUGUGGACGAAGCUGAUUUGUGGAGAGCGUUUGAUGAGGUGACGCUACUGGGGGUCAACCUGAGCACUUGGACGCUGCAGCGGGGCUAUCCCUUAGUGAGUGUGGAACGCAAUUACUCGACGUCUACUGCAAUAUUGAGCCAAAAACGUUUUCUAUUGUUGGAUAAAGAGGGGGAAGAUUGUUGGUGGGUGCCCAUAACCUACGCUCGUCAACGAGAUAUGAACUUUGAAAGAACGCAGCCAACGCUUUGGCUGCAGUGUCCCACAGUGGCUGAAACGGAGCUAACACAUAUCGCAGGUGCAAAUGAGUGGAUCAUCUUGAAUCCGCAGGUGAACUCCAUAUACAGGGUGAACUAUGACGAACAUAACUGGCGAUUGAUCAUAGAAACAUUGAACAGUGCCAGCGAUUUCGAUCGCAUUCAUGUACUGAACCGAGCUCAACUAUUGGACGACAUGAUGGCUUUGGCUUGGAAGGGGCCGCAGAGCUAUAAAAUGGCCUUCAAUAUGUUAGCCUAUUUGCCACUGGAGCGGGACCUUUUGCCUUGGCAGGCAGCCACAAGCAGCCUAGGUAGAAUUCAGGAUCUUCUAACAAUUGAACAAGCAGACAUUUACAAGAUCUAUAUGCAAAAGCUACUAACACCGCUAUAUCAGCGGCUUAGAAGAUCAACAGCUAUGCUCUGUAGUCCUAGGCAGCCGGAGCAAAUUGAAUUUGAAAGAUUGGUGUAUAGACUGGCUUGUCGCUACAAUGUGUCCGAUUGUGUACCAUGGAUCUUGGGCUACUAUACUGGUGCCCCUAUCGACGCACUGGCUGUGCCGGUGGACCUUCGCGAUAUUGUUUAUUGCACAGCCAUUGAACACGGAAGCGAAAUUGACUUUCAAUUGAUAUUGUCGCACUUCAAAAACUCCACAAUUCCAAGUCAGAAAAUAGCUUUUGGCAAAGCCUUAGGAUGUACACGCAGUUUUCAGCAUCUACAAAAAGUCCUCGACUCUGUGUUAAAUUCAAGUGAAGUGAAAAUUAGAGAACAUUUUCCAACAAUUGUCGAAGCGGCCUCAAGAAACCCACAUAUUGCAAGAGAGGCCAGAACUUACUUUUUGAACAGCGCCGAAAUAGUUGUUGAAAAAUUUGUGGCCAAGGAAUUAAAGAGAACUAUCUAUGCACUGCCUGCUGGAGUUACAUCCCGGAAGGAAUACGAGAGCCUAACGCAACAAUUUGUCGCUUUUAAAAAAUUCGAUGAGCUAACAAAACACGCUGCGGAAAGCAGUUUGAUUAAUUUACAAUGGAUCGAAAAUCGUUCUGGGGAGUUCUUUACGGAGUUAAAGAAAGUUGUGGAACAAGAUUAAGCCAUAAAGGGAAGUUGGUUAUUCUCUUUCUUAACAUUUUUAAUUACGAAAAUAAACAUUGCAGCAUUU